ACGAAGUUCUGUUGGCCCUAUUCAAUUUUCAUAAUUACAUUUUGGAAAUUGAAUAGCUUAAGUCUAAGUAUGACCUAGAAUUUGGUGAGUAUCGGUUAAGUUGCAUAUAACUAAAACACUGAAUGCAAGUUUAUAACAGAUAGGUAUACUUAAGAUCCGGAAAUGCUAAGGCUAAAUUCAAGUAUCUAGGUCUAUAAUUAAAUGUGUUGGGCAGAUUUAUGAGGAUACUUCAAAUCGUAUAAAUGCUGGGGAGGGGGAUAAAAUGAAAAGCUCAUUAAGAGUCAUAUUUGAUUAGAAGAUUCUUGUUGAACUUCAGGAAGAUUCUCUUCGUUAGCUGAUGAAUUAAAAUACUCUAUGGAUCAAUAUUGUUUCUCAGUUGGGCCAAGCAUGUGAAGUAAUGGUGGACUGCAAUCUUGCCAAAAAGAAUCGAAAAAAAAUGAAGCAAUUAGAAAGGUGUACCCCACCUCUACUUAGAGAAAAGAUGUUAUAGAUAACGUUUAGGUGGUUCAGGCUUGUUGAGAGGUGCUAUCUAGAUUGUCCAAUUAAGACCAGUGUAUUAAAAGACGCGCUUCAGGCGCAAGGCUAUUGGGUUCAAGCACCUUUUUUGUGCUAGGCAAGGCGACCUCAAAGAGUCACAAAAAAGCGCACCAAGGCACAAAAAAGCACACCUAGACACAAAAAGCGCACCUAGACACAAAAAGCGCACCUAGGCGUACAAAAAAGUGCACCUAGGCGCACAAAAAGCGCACCGACGCGCAAAAAAGGCAUCUAGGCGCACAAAAGGCGCACUGAGUCGCACCCUAGGCACCUUCUUUACGUCAGUUUUAUGAAUUAUCCUUAGUUGCGUCUAACUUCAUUAAGGCGCACAGAAGGUGCCUAGGUGGACUAGGAUCCUUAUCACCUCAAUGCGCCUUGGGCUUUUGUCUACAUUAGUUAAGACUUAAGAGUUGUGAAAAAAUCCUUAGAAGGGACUCUAAAAAGAGAAGAGGCAAGCUCAAAUAAGUAGAUGAGUUGGCAGGAUUGAGUCAGCUUGCAUUCUUUUAAGGAUGUGGCUAAUAAAUUGAAGUUGCGAUUCAUAAGGAUUUGCGUGGCUGACUCCAUAUGGGAGGUUUUGUUUAUUCUUUGUAGCAUAUCCUAUCUGUGCAUUGACCUUUGUGCCUUUUUUCCCUCUCUUGCGAGAUUCGUUAUGUGACUCCUCUCGUGGAGUUGUAGCUGGUAUGAAUUUUUUCUUUGUCCUUUUCUCUCUGCUGUGUGUGUGUGUGAUGUUGGGAAGGUUGGGGUGUAGUACGUACCUAGAGAUUCCACUACUACUAUUACCACCAGCAAACUACAUCAUAAUCUAUUUGACUUACGUUGCUACCUAUUUGUAGAAUCCCUUCGUCUAAAUAUUAGCAGCCUCUAUCAAAACAUUCUACGCAAGAUGGUUUACAAUUUGACCUCCUUAGAUCCCAGGGUACAAGUGAUCCAUCUUUUUUGUUCUAUAUGAAGAAUCAAAAGAUGUAUACCUAAGUAGCUAUGCCAUGGAAUCAACAUAGCUAGUGGUUCAUAGAAAUAUAGUAUGUAAGGACACCAUGGAAAUAAAAAUGGUGAAGGUUUGAGGUGGUUCUCUCAGUUUUGAGAUGUAUAUAAUGCUGAAGAUAGUUUGGCCCCUUUCUCCAUGGCACCUGGCUUUUCCAUGAUUUGAGGUAGUUGUCAACUUCACACUCAUCAUAUUGAACCCAAUCACCCUUCUCCAAAACUUUAGCUUUAGUACGGUCCUGUAAUUCCAGCUUAAAGCUGUAGAGGAUCUUGAGGUCAUUUAUCUUGCCUUCGUUUAUGCCCUCUGGUUUCAAGUGCACUUUCUUUCUUCGAAAUCUUAAUUCAUAUUUCAUCUUGUGAAAUGGUUUGGUAAUGUCCAUCUUCAGCUACAACAGCCGUAUACACAGGUUUGGACUCAUAUAGUUACGUCAUAGAAGGCCAUGUAUGUUUAGGUAGUAAAGCUAAUUUACUAAGGCGUGGGCCUUUUAGAGAAUGUUCAAUUAUUAGCUAAUAAGUACACCUGAACUCAAUUUCAAGUAUGGUGAAGACAUAGGUAGCUAUAGGGGUCCUUCUUUCCGUUAUUAUCAAAGCCCGUACCAAAGUUUAAACAGCUAGAAUUGUUGGAAGGUUUCUUGUAUUGUUUGCUUUCACAGAAAAUGGUUGGUGCCUUGGUGGUAGUGGAGGACAGGUUAGAGAGGGUAAACUGUGGGGUGAGAUUUGGGAGAGUAGGACAAAUCACGCUUGUCUAAGGAAAUUGUGCUGGGGACUAUGAUAAUGGAGUUUUUUUGCACAUUUUAGAUAUUUCAUCCUUAUACAUAUGUUGUUUUAAGGUUAUAUACAGAUUAAGUCGUCAAUGCGAAGUAAAACUAAUUUACUACUGUAGUCCAUGGUAAAUGUAAAAUGUUCGGUUCAUUUCUUGGUAAUUAAGUAACUGUUUAGUUGAAUUAUGCUAAUAUUUAUACAAUGAUUGCAACAUAUAGCGAUAGCGAUCCAUUUUCAAAAAGAACAGAGGGAAUUACUCCAUUCAGGGUCAUCCACUCAUCCAUGAUUGAGAAGAGUAAUGGGAGUGUAUAUUUUAUGUCUAGUCAUGAUAUAUUCAUCCUUUUACCUCUCUGCUCUUAUCAAAAGUUUGCUUUGCUGACCCACCAAAGGCUUAAUACUGAAUACUCUUUCAAAAAGCUUAAAUAGUUUAUGGAAAAUGCAUUAUAAGUACUGGAUAUGCUCCUCUCUUUCCUAGCUAUUACUUUAAACAACGAAUAGCUGGCUUGGGCAUGUGAUUGAAGAUAGAGAGAAAAGUAAUGGAGACAAAUGAAACUCCGUUUUGUAGGUUUCUCUCUUUUCUUCAAUUACGCCGGAUGAUUGUAUAAGUUAACACCAUAAAGGUGGACCAUAAUUCAAAAAUUCUACUUUCAAUUGCUUAUUUGGACCUUUGUUGCUUGUCAAGAAAUUAUGUAUUUGGCCCUUUGUUUCUUGUCAAGAAAUUACUUAUUUGAUCUCAUUGCUAAGUGGUAGAUAGCUUGAAGUGCCUGAUGAGAAUACCGAGCUAGGUAGCUGGUAAUUUUGCUUCACAAAUCACAAUUCACUAACAGAGUUAGGAAAGUAGCCUCCGAUAUUUGCUCCUGAAUUUUUAUUGUAUCUUCAAGGAUGCAAGUUCCUUUACCACACAUGUGAUCGUGCUAUAUGAGCUGCAGUUGGAACAUAUGCGAUUGUGUUGUACCGAGCCUUGCUCAAAGGACUAUACUUUCCGCCAUUACUAAGUGACCAAGAUGAUCUUUUUAUGCAAUGGGAGGCUGAUAUUUGGACCGGAUGCUAGAUCACUUACAGUUUCUGUAUUACUUAUACUUGUGCCUUCAGUUAUCUUUUGUACUUUUGUAGCAAGUAAUCUUCUCCAUAAGUUCUCAUCACAUAAUGCUGGAUAUGCCAUACUGGUGGUAGCCAUCGUCUUCACUAUCUACGUAUUGGUUCUUCUUUUAUUUACUUCAGCCCGUGAUCCAGGAAUCAUUCCUCGAAACUCACAUCCACCAGAGGAAGAAUUCUGCUACGAGUCUUCUGAGGCUGGUGGCAGGCCAACACCAAGCCUGCAAUUCCCUCGUACCAAAGAAGUCCUUGUUAAUGGUGUUCCUGUUAAAGUGAAGUACUGUGAAACAUGUAUGCUAUAUCGUCCACCUCGUUGUUCUCAUUGCUCGAUAUGCAAUAAUUGUGUGGAGAAAUUUGAUCACCAUUGUCCUUGGGUUGGGCAAUGUAUUGGAAUGCGCAACUACCGUUUCUUCUUUAUGUUCAUUUCUUCUGCAACCCUUCUUUGCAUCUUCGUAUUCUCACUGUCAGCUUUGCACAUAAAAUUUCUUGUUGAUGAGCAUCGCAAUGUAUGGAAGGCCAUCAAAGAAUCACCAGCUUCUGUGGUCCUAAUGUCGUACUGCUUUAUUGCAUUGUGGUUUGUUGGGGGUCUCACAGGCUUCCAUCUGUACUUGAUAAGCACAAACCAGACCACAUAUGAAAACUUCAGAUACAGAGCAGACAACAGGCGCAAUGCAUUUGAUCGUGGUUGCGUUCCCAACUUCCUAGAAGCGUUCUGCAGUAAGAUUCAGCCUUCAAAGAACAAGUUCCGUGCAUUCAUACAAGAAGAGGCGCCGAGGAUACCCAUGAGACAUAUGCCAGAGGUUGCUGAAGAAUCCGGUGAAGAUCGACGAACUAAAGUCGAAGAUGAUCUGGAGAUUGGUGAUGAUAUUCUUAAAUUAUCUCAACGACGUGAUUUUUAUGGGACCGGGGAUAUGAAGAGAAGGGGCAGCGAUGGGUUAAUCCGUGAUUCUGCUGAUUCUGAUUAUAAUUUGGGCUCAGAAGUGCAAGCUUCAUUGAAUCAAUUAGGGACACAACAAUCUAGAAGAACUGCAAGUUUUGGGACAUCGCCACAUAUCCUUGCGUUUAAUGCCAUAGUUUCGGAUAACAAAAAAUCAUGAUGCUCCCUCUAACUUGUUGAGUAUUGCUAUUGGUAAUUCAAUGUCUUCUCUAUAAUCAUAUUUAGUUACAAAACCAUCAUUUGUUAGCCACACUUUCUCUUCUUCCGGUUGUCGCGCAAAUUAGGUGGGUGUGUAGAAGACAGGUAACUGGGUAUAUAUAUUGUUAAGGAUGGAAAACUUUCUUUUAUGUUGUAUCUAGCUCAAAGUAUAGCUUUACAAACAAUUACUCUUGCAAUUCUGUUGUUUGCAAAACAAUUGGCUCAUAGUGUGCAAUUUCUUUCCCA